AUGGACGCCUCAAGCCUCAAGGCGAUUCUGACAUCCGAUAAUUUCCCUCAUGCCUCAGAGAUUUCCCGGGCCACCUCACCGGGUGGUGAGCCUGCCGCGGUAAACGGCAGCAGCGAACCCAAAGCCCGUGUUCGCCCGCGCACCUAUCCAUACUUUGAUUAUCUUCCAUAUCCGUUAGAGGAUGAGACAGAACGGGAAAGAACUCUGAGAGAGAUCUUGAAUCAGUUAUAUGUCUCCGUGGAGGCUGGCGAUUUCAGUCCGGGAGCUGUCCACUGGACACGCGAGCUCCGAGGAUGGCUAUCGCUGAAGUUCGACCCGACUCGAAAGGAGCGGAUCAACCUCGUGAAGCUGUACUACGAGCUUUCGCUAGCUCCCGGGAUAGAUCCCGGCGUCUCUGAGCGAUUCGCGAGCAUGUUCAUGCUUCUUACCAAGCGCAAGCACUACCUUCGACCCGUGAAAGACCUGACUCUUGACUGGAAGCCUCUCUACAAAGAACUGAAGGCCUUUGUACUCCCGACCGAGUCCGGAUUGGUUCACUCGACAAACCUGAAACGAAAUGUGAAGACGUUGACCAAACUUUGCGCCUUCGCGCAGCUGUUCAUCGACCCGUGCGAGGUUCCCGCGAUGCUCGAAGAAUUCCUACCUCACUACACAACCUCGUUCUCCGAAGGUGCUUUCGUGGUUGCGGGGUUGAUCAACCUGUUGCUUCCAACAUCGCCCGCCCCGGCGGACCGACAAGACCUCCUCCCUCAAACCUAUCUCCCGACUCAUUUCCACCUAUGGUCUCUGGUAGGGCGCUCGAAGACCUUCGACACGACAUACUUGGACUAUUUGUCACGAUUGGCUCGGGAUUCCUUGACAGCCGCUCAAAUCCCAUUCUCCGAGCAUGGUCUUUUUACAAAGGAACAAUCCUCACUUAUUUUCACGGCGACCCUACGACUUUUGGAGAUUCCAGUAGGACAGUCUUCUUCGCCUUACAGCGCCUUGGUAGAUAUUUCUUCCGGGUUGGGUAUCAUGCUUGAUCGCGAUACACGGAAGCACCCCUGUUGCCCACCACAUCGCCCGUUGGAUAGUAAUGUCGCUCUCUCCUGCUUGUCUGGAGUCUGA